AUGACAUCUGCUAGAAUCUGCGAAUUCAAUAAGAAAUUUAAUACUUAUUUUCAAAUUUAUAUGCCCAAACAUAGACAUUUUCAACCAAAGAAAGUAUACGAAGAAUUAGAUUGGGUAUUUUAUUUAUACAAAGAACAUUUCUGUCUCAUUAGAAGAAAUAACAAAACCUUAGGCAUUACAGAAAUAGAAGAUAAUUAUGAUGAAAAUGUAUGGAGAACUUGUAAAGAUGAUAAUGUGGUAACGCAAGUUUCACCUCUAAAACAAAACGUUUUUCCAACCAUUCCCGAUGAUUGUUUAUACGCAUGGGAUUGCGAAACCUAUAACGAAAAUAAAGCCAUACCUUAUUCUUGCACGUUAAUUAAUUUAGAAAAACUAAGAAAAAUGUUAAACAGAAUAAAUAAUCACUUUCCAGAUUUAAAGCCGACAGAUCCCUUUCCAGAAGAAUUUUACAACAAACUCAUGGCUAAUAUAGUAGAAAUAUUUGGUUGGUAUUAUUUAUAUCAUUAUGAUAAAGAAAUGAUUGAAGAAGAAUGGUAUGAAACUACUAGAAUGGUUCCGAAACACACCGAAAAAGAAAACGUAGAAAAAGUUUACUCACAUACUCAUUCUUUUAUAAGAUAUUUUAUCAGACAAAGUAUUAAAGGAGGAAGAGUUUCGGCAAAUCGAAAAUCAUUUGAAACGAAUAAAAUGGAUGAAAUUUGUAAUAUAUUAAAGGAAUACAAUGCAAGUGACACUGAUAAUAUAAUUGAUUUAUUCAAAGUAUAUAACGCUUGCACGAAAGAUAAAACAGAGGUUCAUUCGAGACUUAAAAAAAUAAAAUGUACUAAACUAAUGGCCUUUGAUGCUAACGGUUUGUACGCUUCCGCCAUGUCGGAUUUAGAUAGCGAAUAUCCGAGAGCGGAAAGUGGUAGACCAUUUCGACAAGAAGAAAAUAAAGAAUUUGUCAAGCUCUUUAAUGAACAGAAAUUCAGACCUACAACUGCUAUUUUAAAAGUCUGGUUUGAAUAUCCCAAAAACAUGUUCUUCCAACCCAUACCAGCUAAAGAUAAAAUCACUUUCACGAAUAAAGAAGGUAAAAAGGAAACUGGCACUAAAAUUAGAUUCAGAAAUGGUUUCUGUCACGACGUUUUAACAUCGGUCGAUAUUCAAGAAAUAGUGAAAGCCAGUGGACGAAUUAUUAAAAUAAUAGAUGGUAUAGUUUACGAAGAAAAUUUUAAAACUCAACCCUAUAGAGAUUAUAUUUUAAUUUUAAGAAAUCUAAGAAAUAAAUAUAAACGACAAGGUAAUAUCGUAGGUAGUAAUUGCAUGAAAUUAUUAGGCAAUUCGUUGUAUGGUAAAUCUAUUCAGAAGGAUAUAAAUACAUCGAGACAUCUAUGGAAUGAAGCGACUUUAAAAGCCAACUUCGAUUCACACGUCAAAAGCUAUGAAAAAGUAAAUGAUAGUCAAUAUAUAGUUGAGAUAAAUGAAGAAGAAAAAGAAUUUAUUCCUCCUAAAUCUACACGACUAACACCUAGUCAUUUGGGACCAUUCGUUUUAUCUCACAGUACAAAAAUAAUGAAUAAUUUUAUUCGCGUGAUAGAUGGAUUUUAUAAGCCUGAAAUAUACGGAUACCGAUAG